GAUGAAUUGAUGCAUUUAUCAGAACUUCUUUUCUCUAAUCAUUUCUUGUAAUUCGCCCACAUCUACAGUAUACUCCUUCGUAAAUUCCUCACAUCGUCAUAAUACUUGUAAUUACAUCCUUCUCUCGUUAGAUGUUAUAGCACAAAGUCCAUUUUCCUCCCCCCCCCAUCUCUGGGCUGCGUCUGGUCUGCAGAGACCCGGCUCCUCCCACAUUCACAUCCUCUCUCAAACAGCCAACCCGCCUCGGUACUGGCACAAUGCUUCUUCGGAGCCGCUCUGCUUCGAGGAGCCUCUCCCUACCGCACAUCCAGACGUUGCGUCGACCACACUUACCGUCGAGGCAACCCUCUCCCCACCUCGCCGACACACCCACAGCUGGCCGCAGACUCCUGGUGACGCAGCAUAAGCUUGCGCCAUGGCGACCCAAGACAACCCCCACGCCGCUCGGUUGUGUCGUUGCGCAUCGGCCAUUAGCCACGGCUAUCGAUGACUCGAUGCGCCCAGACGAGAUACCUUUUGUCGAUCACCUUCACGCCCACUCCCUUCCCAACUCCUACAUGCAACCGCCCUCGCAUCUCCCAGUCUACCAUCUUCGAACCUUCGACCCUGCUUCGACAUUGCAUGUCAAGGUCCAGAAUGAUAUUUUGCCGCGCGCUCGGGUGUCGUCGACCGGCGUUCCCGGUGGUGUCGACGAAAUGGUAUCCGUGUUCGACGCCUGCUUGCAAGUCAAUCACUUAGAGCGAGCCGCUCAUGUACUCAAGCGAUUUCGCACCCUAGGCAAUCUACCCUACUCCGAUCUGGUUGCCCUUCACAAUAUGUAUUUGCGCGCCGGCAUUGACGCUUGCCUCGAUCAGCCCGAACUCAAGUGGGCCCAGUCACUGCAUCAUUGGUUUGAAAUAGAAAUCCGGGGGAAUGAGCUCCCCUUUACCUCCGAAACGAUCGCCUGCAUGCUGAAGAUAUCUCUCUUGUCCUCCCAAGGAGCACGGCUGAAUCGACUUGUGACCCGUUAUUUCGACAUGCUACCUAGUUACUCUACCUGGGACCUGUUGGAUAGUGGGAUUCUCAAUCAGCAAGACUUUGGCACCAUUGCCACCAUCUGUGAGCCGGUUUCGGAGGUUGUGGUGGAUGCGUUUGAUUCCACCAUGACCGACAACCAGACAGAAGAAAUUUCAUCAGCCCAAGCCACGGCAACCGAAAGUUUAGAGAACAAGUCCACAUCUAUUCCAGAGGUUCGUCCAGUACCCCAGAAAGGCCUGGGAUUAAAAACAUUGCGCGGUAUCCUGUCAUUUUUUGAUCAAAUUGAAGGGCAAGACCUGAGUAAACUCUCGAUUGAUGAACGCCGCGAAAUUCAGUCACGAUUGGAACAUGAUUGUGUGGAAGCUGCUGUUUCGCGUUGGCGAGACGAAAACCAAGCCUUAGCCAAGAUGGGACGGAGCACUGCCAUGUCCAAACCAGCUUUAAACUCUCAGCUAUACGAUUGGCACCUCAAUCUCGAAUCGAAAUUAAGGAAAGAAUUUUCUCUAUUUGAUGAAUCCGAAGAGAAGGAGAAGAAGAGUACGGAGGAUAUAGACCGCUGCCAGUAUGCCCCUUUCAUGAAGCAGUCUAACCCAACCAGGUUGGCGGCGGUAACAAUCAUGGGUGUGCUUAGCUGCAUCACACAUAAUGGUGCUGACAAGGGUGUGCCUUUGUCAACUCUUCUCACCAGUCUCGCGAAGAUUGUAGAGGAGGACAUAAGGUUGCUGGUUCGGCUUAAGAAUAAGCAAAACCGCAAGGAAAGCUUCCUUCAAGCACGCCGUCAGCGAAUGAGCAAGCCCCCAGGUCCCAAUGUGAGCAACACUACAGAAUCGAACGAAAAUUCUCCUGCCACGCCAAAUCCUCAAGUUAUUAACGUACCCGUAUACGACAACACGUCAUGGCCAGCUCUUAUCAAGGCGAAAGUUGGUGCCCAGCUAUUGUCUGCUUUGCUCGAUACGGCGAAGAUAAAGGUCGUUCGCAACCAUCCUGAGACGGGAGAACUGGUCAGCCAGACGCAGCCCGCCCUAGCACGCACCAGUGUGCACCGUAAAGGCAAGAAGAUCGGGAUUAUCGUGCCAAACAGAGUUCUAGUAGACCUUAUGAAGAAAGAGCCUCGGGGUGACUAUCUCGCGAGGCAUCUGCCGAUGCUAGUUGAGCCACAGCCCUGGACGAAAUUCGAGCAAGGGGGAUUUCUCGAAUAUCCUUCUCAACUUGUUCGUAUCAAGAAUGGCGAGCGAGACCAAAGAAUUUAUGCAGAUGCUGCCUUUGAACGAGGCGACCUAGAUCAGGUGAGCAAGGGACUGGACGUGCUAGGUCGUACUGCUUGGCAGGUCAACAAGUCAGUGUUUAAAGUCAUGCUGGAGGCGUGGAACACCGGAGAGGGCAUAGCCAAUAUCCCACCACUUGAUCCCAAAAUUCCCAUUCCUGAGGAACCGGUGUCAUCAGACGACCCUAUGGUUCGAAAGCAGUGGCUUAAGCUCGUUAAGCUCGCCGAAAAUGAAAAGUCUGGUUUGCAUUCGGAACGAUGUUUCAUGAAUUUCCAGCUCGAUAUUGCUAGAGCCUUCAAAGACCAGAGUUUCUACUUCCCCCACAACAUGGAUUUCAGAGGACGUGCCUAUCCUAUUCCUGCCUACCUUAACCACAUGGGUGCUGAUCAUGUGCGAGGCCUCUUACGAUUCGCUAAAGGAAGAGAACUCGGCGAGAAUGGGCUUCGUUGGCUGAAGGUUCAGCUGGCCAACGUGUUUGGUUUCGACAAGGCUAGCCUCGACGAAAGGGAGAAGUUUGCGACGGAUCAUAUCACAGAGAUAUUCGAUUCCGCCACCAAUCCGUUGACCGGACAACGAUGGUGGCUCAAAGCUGAGGAUCCAUGGCAAUGUCUGGCCGCUUGCUUCGAACUGAAGGCGGCUCUCGAAUCUCCCGAUCCCUCAAAAUUUGUGUCACGUCUCCCAGUUCACCAGGAUGGUACAUGCAACGGGUUGCAACAUUACGCGGCAUUGGGUGGUGAUCGCUGGGGAGCUGAGCAGGUGAAUUUGCUGCCUGGUGAUCGACCCGCUGAUGUGUAUUCAGCGGUUGCGGACCUAGUCAAGGCAGGUAUCAAGGAAGAUCUAGCGGCUAAUAAUUUCAUGGCCAAAGCGGUUGAUGGGAAAAUAACCCGGAAAGUUGUGAAGCAAACUGUCAUGACUAACGUUUACGGCGUUACAUUCAUCGGUGCCAAAGCUCAAGUACUGAAGCAAAUCGACGCCGCGUACCCCAAUAUUGAGAGUGAAACUGGGGUUCCUUCAACGGUUCUUGCAUCGUACAUUGCCACGAAAAUUUUCAGGGCCCUAUCUACAAUGUUUCGUGGAGCACAUGAUAUUCAGUAUUGGCUUGGGGAAUGUGCCGGCCGAGUUUGUCGUGCACUCACUCCAGAGCAACUCGAACGGGUAGCCGCUGGCGCCGCUGGCGACCAGAGCCCACCCCAAAAGGCUAAGAGAUCACGCGCAGUCUUGAGGAAGCCCAAGGCAAUUGACCCUCUGGAAGACCUCCUCAACCAAUUUAGAUCCACCAUUGUUUGGACCACACCGCUACGUAUGCCCAUUGUUCAGCCGUACCGGAAGAGUACCAAUCGGGUUAUCUCCACCUGCUUGCAGGACCUGACCUUGCAGGUUCCUGAGCGAUCUGACCCGGUCAAUCGACGAAAGCAAUUGCAAGCAUUCCCUCCAAAUUUCAUUCACUCGCUCGAUGCGAGCCACAUGCUUCUUUCUGCCUUAGAGUGUGAUUCUCUAGGUCUGUCAUUUGCUGCUGUACAUGACUCCUUCUGGACACAUGCGGCCGACGUCGAUGUGAUGAAUCGGGUAUUGCGUGACGCAUUCAUCAGAAUUCACAGCGAGGACGUCAUCGGUCGUUUAGCCUCUGAAUUUAAUGCUAGGUAUGGCGGGUCUCUGUACCUUGCUAAAGUUGCUCGAUCUACGGAUGUCGAGAGAGAGAUCAGCGCGCAUCGACGCGGUAAUCGUCAAAACAUGCGUGAAGAGCUGCUUGAAGAGAGGGAGCGUCAGAGGCUUUUGGCUUCUGAAGAUCCUGCGGAUAUCCUGAAAGGGAAAGAAAUGGUUACUCCCGCCAGCAUCUACGAAAAGAUGUCAUCGUCAGAGGUCUUGUUGCCCAUUGAUGGACUCGACGAGCCUGAUAUGGACGAUGCUUCAGCAGACUUGGAUAUCGCAGUGGGAUCGACGGAAAAUCCGUCCAAGGUACAGGAGCUAAUGAAAGUGUCACAUUUCGAAGCAACUUUGAAGAAAAUGACCGCCGCCACAGAGUCUCAAAGCGACAGCGGUAGGAAACCGGUGGAAUAUAUCAGCGUCUGGCUUCCUCUCACUUUCCCUCCUAUUCCAGCAAAGGGGGAUUUCGAUGUCAAGCAGCUUAAGAGCAGCAAAUAUUUCUUCUCAUGAGCGGGAAAAAAUAGAAGGGGAAACGAAAUGAGAGACACUAAUGAUGUGAGAUAGGCGGGGCUGUUUUUAUAUCCACGGCCGCCCAAUAGGCAUGGUCAUCAGCGAAUGCAUUUGACGGCGUACCGGGUAUUUCAACCAUAGGAUUUUGCGAAAGUGGGCUGAGAGGAUUGGAAAAGACGACGCCUUACGAGAAAAAUGUAACAACACUGUGUAUAUCCAAUGGGCAGGCGACGGGAGGAAAUUUGUAUAUAAAGCAUUCGGCGCAACACCGCAUCGGUCUGAUUGGUUGCUUAUAUGCAUUGUAUCAGAUUUUGGGGGGCAUCUUUUAGACCUAAGAAUAGAAGGAGGCCGAAUUUGAAUUCAUGAUAUCUGAACUCUCUUCCAAUUUGCUUUUCGUUUCUUAUCCUAGUGUCCCAUCCCAGCUCAUUUUACUGACUUGGACCAUUGGCGCUAUAUAGCUAGCAGGUAAUAAAAGUAGAUAGUCGAAGAUCAAAUCAUACAGCCUGUACAUCA